AUGGAGGAGGUCAAGGCGCUGCUGGCCAGCUGGCUGGAGGAUUCAGGCCAUGAGGUUACGGCCACCUCCAUAAGUUUGCAGCUACAAGUCCCUCUCCUGCUCGCUAAGAAGGUCUUAUACGUAUACCUGCUGCAGCAACUGCAGCAAGGGGUUCCUUUCUACGUGUCUUUUACGAGCACAGAUAAUAACGGGAUAAUGCUACACAGGGCUCUUCUAUCUAAGCCAACGUUACCCCCAUUGGAGUGUCUAUACAGCGCGCAGCUGGCACCAGCAGAUGCUGCUGCUGCUGCUGCUGCAGCAGCAGCAGCAGCAGGAGGGAAGCCUUGCUGCUGCAUUAAGGGACAGGGCGAACCUCGUCAAGAUCAUCUAACUUUUCAAUUAGACUGCCGCUCUAUGGCUGCUGCUGCUGCUGCAGAGCAGCAGCAGCUGCAGCAGCAGCAGCAGCAGGGGCAGCAGCAGGAGCCCUUCGUACCUCCUUUUGUUUCUGUUAGGACGCAGCACCUUAAGCGAAGAAGCACACGAUCAGCAGCAACAGCAGCAGCAACUGCAGCAGCAACAGUUGCUGCUGUUGCUGCCACUGCAGCAGCAGCAGCUCGCAGAACCCCUUCUACUCUUCCAAGGCAGCAACAACAACAACAACAGCAGCAGCAGCAGCAACAGCAACAGCAACCUUCAUCAAAGGUAGAAACAGCAGCAAGCAGCAGCAGCAGCAGCAGCAGCACGAGCCGCAGCAGCAGCAAAUGUAUUGCGCCGCAGCCUAAGGCAAAGCAACGAUCCAUCAACUCUAUGCUGCAGCAGCGACCACCAGCAAGAGCAGCAGCAGCAACAGCAGCUCCUGCUGCUGCUGCUCCUGCAGCAGCAGCAGCAGAGGAGACACUCUCCUCCUCCGAAUCCUCGUCUCCUGAAGCAGCAGCAGCAGCAACAACAGCAGCAGCAACAGCAGCAGCAGCAACAGCAGCAGCAGCAACAGCAGCAGCAGCAACAGCAGCAGACAAGCAGCCUGCAUCAGAUGAUGAAGACAACCUGAAGAGGAGAAUGUCUAAAACCUUUGAUGCAGCUACCUCUCCUGGCACUAGGAAGAAGACCAAGCGGCAGCAGCAGCAAGAGCAGCAGCAGCAGCAAGAGCAGCAGCAGCAGCAGCAGGAAGAAGAAGGACCUUUGCCGGAUAUAUUUGCUGAUUGUGAUCAUCAAGAAGAAAUGUCUCCAACAGAUAAUAGCAUGCAGUGUAACGGGAAGUCGCUGCUAUCAAGAGGGAGGAUAUUUAGUGUUUGA